UUCUGAGUGUACCAUUGCUGAGUGCCGGUGCGGGUACCCUGCUUUUGGAGACGCGCCUUUUUGGGAUGCUUGGACAAUCAAAGGUGACACCUCACAUCCAACCAGGGGAAAAUAGUUUAAAUAAGCUUGGAAUUUUACAUUUUUUAAUGUCUAAACAAGUUCAUAUAGUGUUACUUUAAAUACACCAGUGUGUGUUUUGGUGUAUACAGGUAAACUUUUACUGGCACUCUUUUUUUUCUGUUAAAUGAAUAACAUCAAUAUUUUAAUGUCUAAAAGUCAGGACCAAGAAGAUCAUGGCAGCAGUGAACUCAUUGAGGAAUAUACUGAUACAGCCACACCAAGUGUAGGAGAGCAGGCUGGCUGUGUGGCUGCAGAAGGGCAGCUGACUGAAGAACAAGUGGCUCAGAUUUUUGCAGCUGCAGAGAUCAGCAGGGCCUACAGGAGGACUCAUCAUGAAAAACAGUUAGAGUUCAUAAUAAAGGACCAUGGAGCAGAUGAUCACUUGCUGGCUGUUGUAUCUCGUAAGGUAUCGUCCAAAUGGUUAAAAAAUUAUGAAAAUCCUAAAGGUCACCGGGUAAUGACUUAUAUAGAAGAUGAGGAGCUGAUAGAUGGCCUCUACAACUUCUUGGAUGAAGUGCUGUCAAGAGCUGUAGGCACUUUUGAGAGGAUUGACAGAGUUCACAUCAUUCUGGAUGUGCUGAUGCCAGAGGCUCUUAUUAAAGCUAUACAAAUAGUUGAGAGGAUUUCUCUGCUAGAGGCAGAAAAUCUGUUCAUGGAUGGACCAGAAUACGUGAGAGGGAAGAGUUUGACAAACUUGUUUUGCAACAGUUGGAAGCACAAGGAAAGAAACACGGAGGCAUUUUAACUCAGGAUUACAUCUCAACCCUACUCAAAUAAAUGUGUCUCUUUCUUUACUUCUCUUUUGCCUUUUUUAUUUCUGUGUGUUAAAAUGACUGUGCAUAAUAGAGUUGUAUAUAUUUAAUGUAACUAUUGAUGUAAAUAAUAAAGGACACUUUCUGUUAUUGUUAAAGAUUGUUGAUUAAGUUCUGUAUAUUUGAAAUUGCUUGUCUGUUUUUAGACAAUUGAUGUCAUCUGGAUUUUUUCUUUAAUUGUUAUAACUGCUUUGUACAGUUGUUAUGCAUUUUACAUUGUUGUUUUAUUUAUAUAUAAUAUAUAGAAGCGGGCAUGCUGUUGUUUUAAUAUUUCAGUAUAUUCCUUGAUCAGUUUGUUUGUUAAAUUUAAUCUUUGUGCAUUCUUUCUUUCAAUUCAACU